AUGGCCGCGGUACGAGGACAUCAGUACUUUAGUUUGCGCUGGAACAACUAUCAGAACACUAUGACAUCGGUGUUCCAGCAGCUCCGCGAGGAUCUGUCCUUUGUGGAUGUCACUCUGUCCUGCGAACACGGAUCCCUCAAGGCGCACAAGGUUGUUUUGUCCGCCUGCUCGACGUAUUUCCAAAAACUUUUAUUGGAGAAUCCGUGCAAACAUCCCACAAUCAUCCUGCCCGCCGACAUCAUCUUCACCGAUCUGAAAACCAUUAUUGAUUUCGUUUAUCGAGGAGAAAUUGAUGUCACCGAAUCAGAACUACAGGGCCUCUUGCGCACCGCCGAACAAUUAAAGAUCAAGGGUCUCUGCGAAACUGCAGAGAAUGCGGAUGAUUUAAACGACGCGGCCACAGCAACGAUCACAGUAUCGGAGAACAUUCAGCAGGCGGUUGUGGGAAACAUUGUGAAUGCAACCAUAGUUCCUGGAGCUCCUUCGCCCACCUUGGAACAGCAACAGCAGCAACACCAUCAGGCACAGGGACAGGACCAGCAGCAGGUUCAUGCCCAGCAACAGCAGCAGCAGCAGCAAAUCAACGCCGCCUUGCUGACGCAACACGGUGGAGUGCCAAGUGGCAGCAGUGGUGUUCCCCUAUCCGGACAGUUGUUGAGUACCACAGCGAGCGCCAGUAGCGGUAGCUCCGGCUCCGGCGGACAGCAGAAUACACUAACGUCAUCCGGCCUACAGGCGACGCCACGCAAAUCCCGGCUAAAGCGAUCCAAGUCACCGGAUUUGCCGACAGGUUCUGGGAGCUCUGGUGCCUCGAGCAACUCACAGUCACAGCAACAGCAGCAACCGCAGCCGGCACACCAUCAUCCCCACCAGACCAUUCUCAUCCAGGGCCAGAAUCCCACCUCGAUUGUCAGCCUACAGCAGACGGCCGACGGCAAUUAUAUACCGGUGGGAGCAGGAACUGGCGACGAAUCGGACACCGAGAACGAUCACGAGCACGAACACGAGCAUAUCCACGGACACGGACAUCCGCACGGACACGGACACGGCCACAGUCACAGUCACGACCACGAUCACGAUCACGAGCUCGAGAAUAAACCGAACAAGAUCUGCAAGACGGAACAGUCGGUGGCAUCGCCGGCGUCCAAUUCAUCGAGCGCCAACUCAAACAAUGCAGCGGGCGUGAGCGGCGGCGUGUCCACCACCGGCAACCAAGCCAUCGUCACACAAAUUGUAGUAGCGCGCGACGGAAAAGAUACAAAAAAUAUGACUAGUUUAGGCAUGGGCAUGAACGGCGGCCUGUUGGGCGUGCCCAUGGGAUUCCUGGACUUUACACCCGAGCCACCAGCACCAUCCGCCACCCCAGUCACCGUUACGGAGCACGUCGAUCUGUCCUGCAACCCCAGCACGGACACGCGCGAUCUAUCAAAUCCCACCGAACCGCUCGACAUUGACAAUCAUUUGGCCCAGCAAAUACAUCGGCUCGAUCAGUCCCCCAUGCACUCGAUAUCCCAUCACCACACCGGUGACGAGAGCAACUCGAAUCUGGUGCAGCACAUCAAAAGCGAGGUGAUCGAGGCCAAGCACCUGGCAGCGGCUGCCCAGCAGCAUGCUCUCAACCAGGCCCAGCAGCAGCAGCAACAACAGCAUGCCCAUCACCAAGCCCAGCAGCAGCACCAGCAACAGCAGCACCAGCAGCAGCAGCAGCAACAACAGCAGCAACAGCAGCAGCAGCAGCAGCAACAGCAUCUUCAUGCCCAGCAGUUGCAGGCCCAGUUGCAGCAGCAGCAGCAACAGCAGCAGCAACACCACCAGCAGCAACAGCAGGCGGCAGCAGCAGCGGCCGCAGCAGCAGCUGCUGCAGGUGUGCAUGGCCAACAUGGGGGACACGUGACGCAUGCCGAUAUUGGCGGUGCCACAGUCAUGGAGAUCGAUCCGAGCCAAAUUAAGCACGAACCGGGCAUGAUAAUAACGCCAGAGAUUGUCAAUAUGAUGUCCUCAGGACAUAUGGACAUGUACAAUUCGGACACGAGCGAGGAUUCAAUGAUGAUCGCCAACGGCUCGCCACAUGAUCAGAAGGAGCCGCACUAUACGAAUUUGGACCAGCAGCACGGUCUGGGCGGCGGCAGCGUUUGUGGCCCGGGGCCAGGUGGUGCUGGUGGUGGUGGGGGCAUGAGUGGUGGGGCUGGCUCUGGCUCUGGCGAGAAAGGUCAGUUUAAUGGUCCCAAAGCUUGGACACAAGAUGAUAUGAAUUCAGCUUUAGAUGCAUUAAAGAACCAAAACAUGAGCCUGACGAAAGCAUCCGCCAUUUAUGGCAUCCCAUCGACCACCCUGUGGCAACGUGCUCAUCGUUUGGGCAUCGAAACGCCCAAGAAGGAGGGCGGCACCAAGUCAUGGAACGAGGAUGCUCUGCAGAAUGCCUUGGAGGCGCUACGUUCGGGUCAGAUAUCCGCGAACAAAGCGUCCAAGGCCUUUGGCAUACCCUCGUCGACGCUCUACAAGAUUGCCCGAAGGGAGGGCAUCCGCCUUGCGGCACCGUUCAAUGCCGCCCCAACCACGUGGACGCCCGAGGAUCUGGAGCGUGCCUUGGAGGCGAUACGGGCGGGUAAUACAUCGGUGCAGAAAGCAAGCGCCGAGUUUGGCAUCCCAACAGGAACACUUUAUGGACGCUGCAAGCGGGAGGGCAUUGAGCUGUCGCGUUCGAAUCCAACGCCCUGGUCCGAGGAUGCCAUGAACGAGGCCCUCAACUCUGUGCGUGUCGGCCAAAUGUCCAUCAACCAGGCGGCCAUUCACUACAACCUGCCCUACAGCUCGCUCUACGGCCGCUUCAAGCGUGGCAAAUACGAUGUGGUGGCCAAUACGAGUGGCGUGGCGCUGCUCAACACCUCGGGCAAUACCACCGGCAGCAUUGAGAUUAUCGAGCACAGUCAGGAGAAUUCGUUGCACAUGUUGCAGCAACAGUUCCCGUACAGUCCGUCGCCUCAUCCGCCAACGCCGCAGCAUCACAGCACGCCGCAGCAUCAUAGCUCGGCGCAGGGGCCGCCAACGCCGCAGCACAUGCAGCAGCAACAGCACGUGGUGCAUAUGCAACAGCAGUCGCCCCAUCCGGGUCACCAUCCGCAGCACAUGCAGCAGGAUGUGGUCACAUCGAGCAGCCAGGUGGUGCACAGCCAACAGCAGCAGCAGCUUCAGCAGAUCUAUCAGCACCACGGGACGCCGGAGCGUAGUUGAGAAUCACUGCACGCUGCGUCUUUAAUGGGCAGCACCGGUGGAGGAGGAGGAGGAGGAGGAGGAGGUGGGGCCAGCACUAGUGGCAGCGCGGCGGCCACCAGCUCGCCCUUUGCCAGCAUAUCGGCGCUGGUCAGUGGACAGAGCAGCAGCGUCCCACCGCCACCACCACCGUCGGCGUCCGUUGCGGCGGCAACAGCAACUGGCACCAGCAAGCGCAAGAAAGCCACCAAGCAAAAGCGUUGAGAGCAGGAUCAACUGCAGCAGGAGCAGGAGCAGGAAGGGGAGGAGGAGCCAGAAACCAUUGCCGGAGUGGCCAGGCCCGAGGACAUCAAGUUUAGAUUUAAUUGCAGGCACUGGAAGCGCAAGCUAAGGCAGUUUCAUUCGUUAUUGUCCAAAAAACCAGCGGCAGCAGCAGUAGAGUAGUUAGUCAGUCAGUUGGAGAGACGACCCACAGACACAAGAGACACACACCUCCCGAGGAUCUAACCAAUCACAAAAAAAGAAGUAACAUCCUUGAACUACAUAUAUGGACAUUAAUUACACAGUCGAGAUGUGUAUAAAAUGUAUAUAUUUAACGAGAAUAUGCUUUAUCUAAAUUAAUACGGAACAUAAGUAGUAAAAUAGGUAUUAGGUUCGCAAAGUCCUUUGGUUCUAGCCAGUAAGAUGAAAAGGAUAGUAGUAGAGGAGAGGAGAGAAAGAUAUAGAUAUAUAGACAUAUAAACUAGAGCGUAAGAGGAAAAUGAAUUUUUGCUUUUUGCCUAAACUCGAAAAAGAAUAUGAAUAUUCGUUUUGGGCUAAGCAGUUUUAAGAGCACUUUGUUAUCAAUGGACAAAUAUAUAUAUACAUAUAUAUAUAUAUAUAGACACGCCUCUAUAUCUGGGACUCUCGUGAUUAUUUAAAGAACCUUUUGAGCCACGUCUUGUUAUAAUUUACUUCUUAGUGUGAGACUGAAAGUGCGCCUAAAACUGUCUACAAAAAACAAAAAACAAAAAAAAAAACAAGCCC